AUGGGCUCAUCGUCAAAGCGCGUGCGCUUCGCCUCGGACCACCGGGUCCCCCCUUCUCCUGGCUUGUCCUCAUCGUCAUCGUGGUCAAGCGCAAGCUCAAAUGGCCUUUACACACCGUCGACGAGCACCUACUACCACUCGCACAUCAUCCCGCUCCCACAGGUCACUCCGUAUCUCUCCCCGGUUGAGCUCGCGCAGCUCGAUACACCAAAGGCAUCUGCAUACACACCUGCCAAGUCUGCACACCUCGUGGUCCACCCAUGCCUUGCACGAGGGCAUUCAGUCCUAUCAUGGGACAUGAUCAGAGAGCCUUACGGCUUGCCGCUGCCGCCGAACAUUCUCGCCGAGUCAGCGACGCAGCCUCCAGUCCCCCGCCUCACGGUCACCAUCGGAUCUGGUUACCCAUGGCGCGUCGACGUCGAGCCCCGCACAUCAUCCUACAUCACGGUCGCCGACGUGCUCCAUUGCAUAUACCGCAACCUCCGCAGCAUCGUUGGUUCGGCUGAGUGGGACCAUCCGUCCACACCUGCAGAGCUCAAAGUGCGCGUCUCCGCCGCAUAUCACGACCGCCUGAGGCGCUAUCCGGACCCGGACCCCCGAAAAGCGGGAAUCCGCAGAAUCGACUACCUGGGUGACAUGCGCGCUUUCCGCGGUCUCGAGCCCUGCAAAAGCGCAGGCCACGUCAAGGGCCAGCCUGACGCUGCGACACUGCAGGUGUCCCUGGGCCGCGCCUCAUGA